AUGCUCACUGGGGUGCCUCCAGUGAGACAACUGCCAGUGGGCUUGUUUGAUGUCCGAUAUCCGAUGGGUUGCUGGUCCAGAAAACCUGCGCCGCAAGGCCAGAUUGGCCGUUUGGGCUGCAAAGGGGGGUUGACAACCGCUGUGAUAAUGUUUGCUAUCAGCCGCCAGCACAGGCCCACGUCCGAAACUCUGUGGAUCCGAGUGCUUGAAAACUCUGCAAAGAGCUUGCGGAAAUUGGCCUAUGACUUGAAGGUAGCAGAAACGGAGAAAUCCGUCGAAACCAUUGAAUCCAGUCACAAAGCCCUACAUGAGGUUCUGAAGCAUUGUCCCUGGGGUGAUCCUAGUGCGACUGCAGCGGCCCCAAGUCAUAUUUCCAGCGAUCCGUUGGUUCAGAGACAUGGGGAGACAACACGUGCUAUGAUAGACUACGAGCUAUCACGGAUCGCUUGGAUGUUGCAGCGAGCAGAAGAUGACGAGUUACGCUCGUCUCUACUUGCGAGAGAUGCUCUCCAGCGGUUGCGCACUUUCGACAUUGAAGGGGCCCACGCAUCCUUGACCAAGGCGUACCGCUUGCACGAGGCCGGGCAACUCUCUUCCGCUUUUGACCAUGGCUUGUUGGAAUACACGUGGAAGCUGCUUGCGGCGCGCGACUUCACCAGCUCCGGAUCUGAUUCCCUUCCGCGGGUCAAAGAGCAGCUCAAUGCAGCGAGGUACACGGAAGACAUGGUUCUUUGGGCAUCUGGUGUCUCCUCGUUGACGGAGUUUGUUUUGCGAAAGCAGGCGAUUGAGGCACAUCUGGCAGAGUGGUGUUUACAGGACAAUCACGCGGACAGGUCCGUCCUGCGGGACCUCAUCAAAUUGUUCUUGCUCCAUGCAGUGAUGCCUGUAAAGGAAGUACAUGCCGCCAUCGGCGCACAAGCAUGCCAGAUCCUGAUGGAUCACGGAGUCUUGUGCUCACACUACGACUCGGUUUCGGUGUUCGCGUCUGUGGCGCUUUGGCCGGUGGGCUCGGGGGACGAAGCCCUGUUGCUCGCCACGGACUUCGAAUCCAGCUGCUUCUCGGGUGAGGUGGAGCCGGUGAUGUACCUCUCGGAGGACUCCUUGGCCCUCUUCGCCGCCGCGCCGCGCGCGACGUUCGUGGAACAUGCGGCGGACCUCUGCUGUGGCUGCGGCAUCCAGGGGCUUCUGGCGCUGAAGACAUAUGCGCGGAGGGUCACCUUCGUGGACGUGAACCCCAGAUGUUUGAGCUUCACGGCCUUCAACCUGGCGACCAAUGGCUUGACAGAGGGCUCCUGCCUGAGAACUCGGGACAUUUGCGCGGAUGAUAUGGAGGACCUGAAGUCAUUCGAUGCCAUCUUGGUCAACCCUCCCUUCAUGCCAAAUCCCAAGAACAUAGCUACCGGUGCGAGCCUCCUCUACGGGAAUGGUGGGGAUGAUGGUGAGCGAGUUCUUUCUUCUGCUGUUGCCUUUGCGUCACACCACCUUUCAUCACAAGGAUACAUGCUCGCAGUGUCAAAGGCCCCCAAUGCAGAAGAGCUUCCCGCCCGUUUGCGCUUGUGGACCCCGGGGAAGGCAAUUCUCUACCGGGGGCCAGCAAUUCCGGCUGGGCUCUACAUGCCCACGGCCGCAAGCAGCGGAGUGGAGCCAGUGCGUUACCAGCAGGCGUUGUCAGAGAGGAGAAUUCACAGCUUGUCGCAGACGCUGCUCUGUUUGGUCGGAAGUGAUAGACGGGACCUGGAAGUCGACAUCUACGAGACGGAAGAUCGCCUGUGGCUCCAAACUGACUUCCUGAAAGGGCAUGUUCGCAGGAAACUGGAGGACGUUGAGAAUGUAGCUGACAAGCCAGCAGAGGAGUCUCGGAUGGAGGAGCGCACCGAGGAGCCACCAGAGGAGUCGACGGAGGAGCCAACGGAGGCGACGGAGCCACCAGAGCCGACGGCGACGCCACACACGCAGGAGCCGCAAGCCUCGGAGCCAAAGGCAAAGGAACCACAGGAGCAAGAGCAGGAACCACAGGAAGCACAGGAAGCACAGGAACCGCAGGAACCGCAGGAGGUGCAGGAGGUGCAGGAGGUGCAGGAGCCACAGGGGCAGUCACAGGAGACAGGCUCGCCAGCAGGAGAUAAAUCUGAAGGACCGCCUCCCAGGGCGCUUGCACCACGGAACGAGUACCUUACGUUCCGGGAGAUGCUCAAGCACGAGUCGGCCGUGCCCCUGGCGGCCAAAUUGCAGGAGUUUGUGAGGCAAUUUCCCGGCGGAUUGCCUCGUGAACAAGCUGCUGAUCGCGUCCACAAAUUCCUGUCUGCUACACAGGAGUGGAUGCUGUCAAGCGUCCAAGUGUUUGUGGGAGCAGAUGAGGCUGGGCAAACAAGCGCAGCGGAAGGACUGGAAAAGUUUUUGAUGAGCAGAGUGCACGGCAAAGUGUUCUGUGUGGAGAAGACUGACCCAGAAGAGGAUGAUUUGCUGCGACAGCGCAUUGAUAGCUUGAGUUGGGUCGGCUUCACCAAUCUGGGUGUUCCGUCAGUGGAUGUCUCCCUGCUUGAUUUAGCAGUGGACCAGCUUCAAAGCAUGGACAAGUUUAAGGCUCCACGCGACAAGAUGGUUUGCAUUUUGAAUGCCUGCCGAGUCAUCAACGACGUGCUUCAGAGGGCUAUAGUUGAAAGCGGUAAUGGGAGACCAUUGUCGGCAGACGACUUUUUGCCGAUGCUCAUCUUCUGCGUCAUUCUGGCCAACCCUCCACGGCUCCAUUCCAACAUUGAGUUUGUUGCAGCUUUCAGGCACCCUACACGAUUGGUUGCGGAGGACUGCAGCUUGCGAUGUGCGUUGGUCAAGAGCGCUGUUCACAGCGCCAAACCAUGUCACCAGAUGGGUGUGGGUCAAAAUUAA